UAUCUUACAAAAUAUGAAUAUUUGUUUUAUUAAUUAUUUUGUGUGGUUAAUUUAUUUGAAGGAUGGAGCAAAUUCUGGCUAGAUACAGUCGAAACCAUGAAAGGCUAGAACUUGCAGUAGUUGACCAUGCACCUAAUCAUCAGAACGAACCGACGGCUGAUAUAAUUGCCCUCAAAGAUGAAAUUGAAAAGCUUCAUAUGGUUAACCGACGUAUGAUUGGAAAGGAGUUGGAGGGGCUGUCGUACAAUGAUUUACACAAUUUAGAACAACAGCUUACGGAGGGGAUCUUGUCUGUCAAGGAUAGGAAGGAAAAAGUAUUGAGGGAGCAGCUGGAAAAAUCAAAAGUGCAGGAAAAGAAAGUUCUGGAGCAAAAUGAAGCUCUGCUUGAUAAGGUAAUUGAUUAAUUAAUUCAAAGAAAUAAAAUAUAAAAGUAGUAAGUGAAUUUUAU